UUAUUCUCCUCGUGUCUUGAUCUAAAGGAAUUUCUUCUUUUUAUUUUACUCCCUACUGUCACUCUCAAUGAGAAGUGAAAGAAUCUGAGAACCCAAAGAAACCAAAACGAAGAUUGAGAAAAAAAUGGAUACUUUCCCUGUUCCUUCAAUCAAAUAUGCAGAGCACCGCAACCAAACCAAACUAUUUUCACCAUUGUUAAAUGCUAGAGUCGAAAACCAGCCCGAAAUGAAGCCUCGAAUCGUUCGGAUUACUGUUACUGAUGCUGACGCCACUGAUUCCUCUAGCGAUGAAGAAGAAGAAAAACCAAGAACACGAAUUUGUUACCGGAACAGAGUCAAGAAAUUUGUUAACGAGAUAACUAUCGAGUCAUCAUCUCCCACUGAGAACGACGUCGUUGGUGGAAGUAAAUUGUCUUUAUCGUUGUCUAGAGCUCCUCGAAAAAGGCCGGCCUCUGUUGCUGUGGCUAAAGGUAAAGCACCGGCGGGAAAGAAGUUCAGAGGGGUGAGGCAACGACCUUGGGGAAAAUGGGCGGCUGAGAUUAGAGACCCUCUAAGACGUGUACGGCUUUGGUUAGGCACCUACAACACUGCCGAAGAGGCAGCAAUGGUUUAUGACAACGCGGCUAUCCAGCUGCGUGGACCAGACGCGCUCACCAACUUUUCGACUCCCCAACAGAACCGGUCGAUUCAAGAUAAAGCUAGCCAAAAACCGUUAACCAACUCAGAUUACAACUCGGAGGAAGAAUCUCAUAAAACUGAUCCCUGCUCUCCGACCUCCGUUCUUCGCUUCCACCCGCUUUCUGUCGACGAAGUCGACUCGCAAAGCGUCAAAGAACCGCGCAAUAUCGGAAGCGAACCUCGAGAUAUCGUCGACGAUUCUUGCUGCUUAUCGGGAGAAAACUUCCCAAUUAUCUCCGACUAUUCCUCUUUGUUUCCCGGUGACUUGUUUUGUUCGGUGCCCCAUUUUUUUGACGAUACUACGAGUUUACACGAAAGUUUAUUGAAUGAUGAGUUCGGGGACGUAGAUUUCGAGUUUGGAUUUGGUGGCUUGCAUCAUGUUGAUGACCAUUUCCAAGACAUCGAGGAUUUGUUCGGGUCGGAUCCUCUGCUAGCUAUUUGAGAGUGUUUUUUACUUUUUCCUCGUCUAAUGCCGGUUUCUCGGCAAGUUUUGCAUCGGCCGAACUGAAAAAACCG